AUGGCUGAGGGCGGGCGCCCAGCGCUGCGCCUGCGCCACCGCUGCCAACGCGCGGCCGAACGCGGGGCUUCGCUGAGGGGGACCGGGGAGUCGCGUGGGGCCUCCCCGGAGCUGCCCGGCGCUGGCAAGAGUGGUAGUGCGGGGGGCUGUGAGCCCUCACUGGGGUCUUUUUCUGUCAGGGGGUUGCUCUCCGUCGCUCCCCCACACGUCGAAAUGGUUCUUUGUCCCGAUAUUGAAGGCUCCGCGCUGGACGGAGCAGCUCACGGGGGAAAAAAAAUUCCCGCUGGGCAGAGGGAUGGUCCUUCAGCAGGUUGCCGUGGGCAGCGUUGCCCGAGCUCCUGCUGUAGCAGUGGUGGUGGUGUGAGAAGAGCACGUGGGAAAUUACAGCUCCUUUUUCGAGAGUGGCUGACACAGCUGAUCGAUGCUCAGGGAGCCCGAAUCAGGCCAAACCAGGCCAGGAUGCCCUGCGGCUCCACUUCCAUGAGGGGUGCUUAUCUUAUGCCAGAUUCAGGCCGUCCAAAUAAGCUUCAAUACGGAUGGAGGCGGGACAGGCUGGGUUCGGGGGAGCUGUGGCUAGCGGACAGCUCCCUGCCGUACCCCCCGCGGGGCCGUGCUCGCAGGAGGGCGCCGCACGGUGACGGCCCCAGUCCCCGCCCCGUCCCGCGGCGCUGCCUCCCGGCCGGCCCGGCCCCGGGGGCGCGGCGAUCGGACGCGAGGCCGCCCCCCCCCCCGUCCCUCCUCCCUCAGACCCCGCGCGGCUGCUCGCAGCGCCUCAGCGCCCGCCCGGUCGCCGGCAUGGCCCGGCGCGCGGCCGCCUGCCUGCUGCUGCUGUGCUGCGCUCUGCCGCUGGGCUCUGCCCGCGCCGCCCCGCAGAGGACGCCGUCGUUCGGCGGGCGCGUGGCGGAGAACCGCCCGGCGGGCACGCGCGUGCAGGGGCUCAGCGUCCCCCUGACGCGCCUGGGCGCCCCGUCGUGGUGUGCCCAGGUGCGGGGCCGCCGCUGGCGCCUGCAGCUCCUGGGCGAGGGCCACGCGCACUUCCAGGCGGCGCUGCACGCCCGCACCGCCCGCGUCUGGCUGCGCACCCGCCGCCCGCUGGACCGCGAGGCGCGCCCGCUCUACGCCCUCCGCCUGGCCUUGCGCUGCGCCCGCCGCCCCGCCGCGCCGGCCGCGCCGCUGGCCGCCCUCACCGUCCGCGUGCUGGACGCCAACGACAACGCCCCGCGCUUCGUCGGCGCCCGCCCCGCGCGGCUCCGCCUGGACGAGACGCUGCCGCUCGGCUCCGCCGUGUGGCGGGCGCGCGCCGAGGACGCAGACGCGGGUGCCAACGCCGAGCUGCGCUACUUCGCCCUCCCGCCCAGCGAGCACUUCUUCGUGGUGCCGCGUAGCGGGAGCGUGCUGCUCGUCCGCUCCCUGCUCCACCUGCGCGCCCCCAUCCCGCUGCGCCUCUACGCGCGGGACCGCGGCCGCCCGGCGCUACUCAGCGCCCCGCUCGAGCUCGAGGUGCUGCCGCAGGCCAAGCGUCUGCCCCCGCCGCCCGGCCCCGCCGACGGCCCUCAGCGCCGUCGCCGGGCCCCUUCGCUGUCACCGCCGGUGCCCGAGGACGCCCGCCCCGGCCGCCCCCUGGGCCGCUUCGAGCCGGCGGCCCCGGCCGUCGAGGAGUCAGCGCUGCCUGUGGAGACGGAGAGCGGCGCGGCGCGGCCGGCUGCCCGCCUGCACGGCCCAGGGGCGGCCGGCGGAGAGCGCCUGGGGCGCGGCCCGGAGCAGCAAGGAAAAGAUCAGUACUUGUUGCACUUAGCACUUACUGCGACAGAUGCAAACGACAAUGUACCUGAAUGGGCCAUGGAGCCCUUCCCGUUCUUGGCUGUGGUUUCUCCUCAAGCUGCCAAAGGUACUCAAGUAUACAAGCUGCUUGCAGUGGAUGCAGAUGAAGGGAUCCAUGGAACUGUAGAAUAUUUUCUCUUGGAAGGUGGAGAAGACAGAUUUGAAGUCGAGAGGGACACAGGCUGGAUUAAAACGACAGGUUUGCCAUUGGUGAGGAACAAGGAGUAUUUACUGACUGUACUGGCAGCAGAUAAACUUGGAAACAAAGGGUCUCCAGCCUCUGUUUCUAUAAUUGCUGGAUUUCGACCACCGCAGUUCAGCAACAUGUCAUACUUUGUUCAUGUUCCUGAAAGUAUGGCACAAAGAAAAUCCUUUCUUCGAGUCACUGCUAUAUCAUAUCAAAACAAAUCCCUGAGCUACAGUUUGCUAACUAAUCCGAGUGGUCUGUUCAGCAUUGGUCAGGCAACAGGGGAUAUCAGCUUAACUCGGAAUGUGGAUUAUGAGAGUGACCAACACCAGUAUCUUCUGUUGGUCAGAGCAGAGGAAAACGAGGAACAGCUCAGUAGCGCAGCUGAGGUUUCAGUUGUAAUCACAGAUGUGAAUGAUUGUGCCCCAGAAUUUCAUCAGUCAAUCUACAGCAAAGUUAGUGUUCCUGAAACAGUUACUAGGACAACUGCACUUCUACAAGUGACAGCCACUGACUGUGAUUCAAAAGAGAAUGCCGAAAUAUUAUAUUACUCUUUGAGUCCAGACUUUAGUAUUACUUCUCAUGGUACUAUAUUUCCAGCAACAAAAUUGGACUAUGAGCGACCUAACCAUCUGUAUGAGUUCAUAAUUAUGGCUGUGGAUAAAGGAGAGGAGCCGAAGACUGGGACAGCAACUGUUAGGAUUCAGAUUUCAAAUGUAAAUGAUGAAGCACCUGAGUUUUCCCAGACAACCUACAGGAGUUUUGUUUCUGAAGAUGCAGGCCCAAAUACACUGGUUGCUACAGUUAAUGCUGUAGACCCUGAUGGAGAUGGUGUGAACUAUGAUAUUCUAUCUGGGAGUCAAAAAGGAAAUUUUGUUAUUGACCCAAAGAAAGGGCUAGUUAGACUUCAUUCAAGUCCAUUUCCAAAGUUGCAUGGGACAGAGUACAUACUUAAUGUCACAGCUACUGAUGAUAAUGCCUCCGGAGGGACCUGUUUUCUUACAAGUACUGCUCAGGUUAUUGUGAAAAUCGAUGAUGUCAACAACAACAAACCUGUCUUUCAGAAGUGUCAGUAUUAUCGGGAACAUGCUUCCGUAUUGGAAAACCACUCUUCAGGGACAGUUGUACUGCAAGUUGAAGCCACUGAUGCUGAUGAAGGAGCCAGUGGUAUAGUGAAAUAUGGCUUGAUGCACAGAGAUGGUAUCCUACCAGCAUUUAGUAUUCAUCCUGACACAGGAGUUCUGACAACUAUUCAGGUAUUUGAUCGAGAAAAACAGAGGGAAUAUUCUAUCAUUCUGACAGCAACAGACCAGGCAGCAGAACCACUCAUUGGAAUAUGUCAGAUAAAUGUUAGCAUUCUGGACCAAAAUGACAAUGAUCCCAGAUUUGAAAACACCCACUAUGAAUAUUUCCUAAGAGAAGACACAAGAGUUGGGACCAGCUUUCUUCAUGUUGCAGCCCAUGAUGAUGACUACGGCUCAAAUGCUGUCAUUACAUACUCCAUAGCGAAUGAAGAACCAGAUUAUUUACAAAUUAACUCUACUACAGUCUGGAUGUUUGUCAACCAACCCAUAUCUCAGAGAUCAUCUAUAAUUCAAGAGAUUAUUGCUACAGAUGGAGGUAAUAGGAGCAGUAAAGUUGAACUUGUGGUAACUAUUACCAGUGCAAAAAAACAGCCUCCACAGUGGGAAAGGGACAGCUAUGAAGUUGUUAUUCCAGAGAAUACUACACGGGAUACGUCAGUUUUGACAAUCAAAGCAACUUCUCCCCUUGGCAAUCCCCGUGUGACUUACAACCUAGAAGAGGGACUUGUUCCGGAAACCAACAUGCCAGUUCGUUUCUACUUGACUCCAAACAGAGAUGAUGGUUCUGCUUCAAUCCUGGUAGCUGAGCCACUGGAUUAUGAAACUACAAAGAGCUUUCUGCUGAGAGUUCGAGCACAGAAUGUUGCUGCAGUUCCCUUGGCAGCAUUCACUAUGGUCUAUAUUAAUGUAACAGAUGUCAAUGACAAUGUCCCAUUCUUCACUUCAUCUGUUUAUGAAGCCUCAGUGGCAGAGGGAGCUGAUGUUGGGACAUUUGUCAUUAAGGUCUCUGCCACCGACCUUGACCUUGGUCAGAAUGGUGAGAUAAUUUAUUCUCUGUUACAUGACCGCAGCAGAGACUACACACGUUUUCACUUGGACUCGCAGACAGGUUCAAUAUACACUACCUCAGUGUUUGAUAGAGAGAAGAAGAGGUCCUAUCUCUUAGAAGUCAAGUCAGUAGAUGGCUCUGAAUCAGCUCGACCUGGAAAACAUGGGAGGCCAAACUCUGACAUGGCCUACGUGCACGUUUUUAUCACCGAUGUGAAUGAUAACAAGCCUGUCUUCUCUCAGAGUGUCUAUGAGGUAAACGUGGAUGAAGAUCAGGAUGUAGGCUCACCUAUCAUUACAGUCAGUGCUAAGGAUGAAGAUGAAGGAACAAAUGCUAAGUUACGUUAUCAGAUCACUGCUGGAAACACAGGAGGAGAGCUUAAUGUAGAAGCAGAAACAGGAACUAUUUUUGUUGCCCAGCCAUUGGAUUAUGAAGAAACAAAAAUACAUGAGAUACACUCGUUGGCUUCUGAUGGGAAAUGGGAAGAUUAUGCAGUUAUCAUCAUCAAUGUCAUGAAUAAAAAUGAUGAGUCUCCAGUUUUCUCUAUCAAUGAAUACUAUGGAAGUAUAAUUGAGGAACUGGAUGGGUUAUCAGUCUUCGUACUUCAGGUUAUGGCAAAUGAUCCUGAUAGCAAUGUGGAUGAAGGAGAUUUGAGAUACUCAUUGCAUGGGCAUGGUGCAGCUGAUACUUUCACAAUAGAUGAGAACACUGGAAGCAUUUAUGCACACAGGAUGCUGGAUCGGGAAGAAAAAGCACUGUGGAGAUUUGUUGUAUUGGCUACUGAUGAAGGUGGAGAUGGACUUACGGGAUUUGCUGAUGUGAUUAUUAAUGUGUGGGAUAUAAAUGACAAUGCACCUUUCUUCACGUGCAUGCCUGAUGAUUGCAAUGGAAGUGUCUUUGAAGAUUCUCCUGCAGAUACAUUAGUCAUGGCAAUGAGUGCAGUUGACCGUGAUGAUCCAAAUGUAGGUCUUAAUGCUGUUCUGACUUACAGAAUUACAGGGAAUGUAAAAAAUGAGUUUGGUACUGACAUGUUUAGUAUCAAUCCCAGUACUGGUACAAUCCAUGUAGUGGGGGGAGUGCUUGAUAGAGAAAGGACUGCAAAUUAUUUUCUUACUGUUGAAGCAAGAGAUGGGGGAGGGCCAACAGGAACUGGCACUGCCACUAUCUGGAUUGCAGAUGUCAAUGACCAUGUACCUAGAUUCACAAAAAAGUUGUGGCAGGCAACAAUUCCUGAAAACAGUGCCAUCGACUCAGAAGUUCUGCAAGUGUCUGCUGCAGAUGCAGAUGCUGGGGAAAACGCUCACUUAACAUUCAGUAUCAUCAGGGGAGACCCAGAUCAGAAGCUUUUUAUUGAGAAUGACAAAGAAUGGCAAUGUGCCACUAUCCGACUGAAAAAAUUGGAUUUUGAGAAGGCACAUGAAAGGCAGUUUAAUCUUACUAUUAAAGUGGAAGAUCUUGAUUUUUCUAGUACUGCUGUUUGCCUGAUUGAAGUUGAAGACUCUAAUGACCACAGCCCAGUUUUCCCUUUUCAAUUUAUUCAGACAAAACCUUUUUUUGAAAAUAUGCCUGCAGGUACUACAGUAACCACAGUGAGAGCUACAGACAAAGAUUCUGGUUUGAAUGGGAACAUUAUAUAUUCUAUAAAGUCAAAUUCAGAUCCUUUGAGACAGUUUGCAGUUGACAAACAUGGUCAUGUGAUUGUGGCAAAUAAACUAGAUCGUGAGGUCAUUCAGAAAUAUAGUUUAAUUGUGCAAGCUUCAGAUCAAGGGAUGCCCGCCCAAACUGGAAGUGUUACAGUUUUGAUUAACUUGCUUGAUGUUAAUGACAAUGGACCAGAGUUUGAGGCACCAUACCUGCCUGUCGUUUGGCAAAAUGCAUUGAGGCCUGAAAUAGUGCAUAUGAACCAUACCUCAAAGCUGCUUCAUGCAUUUGAUCCAGACAGUGAGGAAAAUGGGCCACCUUUUACAUUUUCGUUGCCACGAGAUUACCAGAAUUCUUUGGAUUUUUCUCUUACUGACAACAGAAAUAACACGGCAACCAUAACUGCUUUGAGGUCCUUUGACAGAGAAAAGCAGAAGGUGUUUCAUCUGCCAAUAGUUAUAGCGGAUAGUGGGAUUCCAGCUAUGAGCUCUACAAACACCCUAACUAUAACAAUUGGUGAUGAAAAUGACAACUGCCAUGAAUCUGGCCACAAGGAAAUAUAUGUGUGCAGUAACAAAGGAAAAUGGUCAACAACAGCGCUUGGGGAAGUGUUUGCACCAGAUCAGGAUGACUGGGACAAUAAAACAUUUCUCUUUGAAGGAAAACUGCUCAAAUCUUUCAGGUUAAAUCAGAGGACUGGUUCUUUGAUGAUGGUGGAUAAUGCUCCUGAAGGAAUACACAGUUUAAAAGUUAGAGUUUCUGAUGGAGUUUGGCCUGAUGUAAUAUCUACAGUACAAAUCCAUGUCAAAGAGCUGGAAGAUGAAGCCAUACAAAACUCAGCCACUGUGCGUCUAUCAGAUGUCACAGCAGAGGAGUUCAUACAGAGAGAUAAACAUGGCAAAAACAGAUAUGUCAAGUUCAAGGAAUUACUAGCAAAAAUGUUAUCAGUUCAGCUUAGUGAUAUCAUUGUCUUCAGUUUGAUGAACGUUGAUGGAAAACAGGCAGAUGUACGAUUUGCAGUCCUUGAUGGCUCAGCAUAUUACAGACCUGAGAAACUGCAUGCUGAGAUGGCAGCGUUUAAAAAUGAGAUCCAGUCAGCUUUACAAGCGAGCAUUUCGCAGAUCGAUGUAGAUGAAUGUAGGAGUGCAAACUGUAGUGAGGGCAAUGGUUGUACAAACUACCUCAGUGUGAGCGACAUCCCCACAGUGAUGGAUACUGGAAGUGUCUCAUUUGCCUCUGUAACAAUCACCGUCAGUGCAGUCUGCACUUGCUCAGCUAGGGACCGAGUUCAUCAGUCUUGUUCCUCCUACUCUCGAAGCCCUUGUCUCAAUGGUGGGAUGUGUAUUGACACUUUGAAUGGUUACAGAUGUCUAUGCCCUGCUUCGUUUCAUGGACCAGACUGCCAGCAGACUAAGCACAGUUUCCAUGGAAAUGGUUAUGCAUGGUUUCAUCCCAUCAGGCCUUGUUUUGAAAGCUCACUUUCUCUAGAGUUUAUUACUGCAGUUCCAGAUGGACUUCUAUUAUACAGUGGUCCUUUAUCAAAUCCAGAACCUGGGAGUACAGAAAACUUCAUUGCAAUAGAACUCACCAGUGGCAUUCCUGUGCUGAAGAUGAGCCAUGGCUCAGGUUCUGUGAUACUGCAGUUUCCAAGUCACCUGAAUGUAACAGACAAAAAGUGGCAUCAACUGGAAGUGAGAACCAAUGGUCAGGAUGUUCGAUUCACUUUGGAUCAUUGCAGUACGGCUGUUAUUUCAGAGAUAGAAGGAGUAGGCAAAUGGCUGUCUACCGAAGAUCGUACAAAUUAUGAAGUCUUUGGGUCUGUUCCACGAAGGGCAAGAUAUUUGAAUGUGAACCAUGUUCUUCAGCUGGGUGGUGUAAAAGAAUCGUUACCAUAUUCCUACUCACAAUUGCUACACAAACACUUUACUGGUUGUUUGCGCAAUUUCAUCUUGGAUACUCAGGUAUAUGACCUUCAAUCUCCUGCAGAAUCCCUGAAUAGCUUCCCUGGCUGCACACUUAUGGAUGGGAGCUGUGAGACCAUGGGGUCGUCUUCCUGUGGUGUUCAUGGGAGGUGCCUUGGAGACUGGGGCUCAUUUGCUUGUCAUUGUUUGCCUGGUUACUAUGACUAUCGAUGUGAUAAAGUUGCCAAAGAAUAUAUGUUUGGGCCAGGAAGUCACAUUCGCUAUCAACUUCCCAUCAGCAUGCCUGCCCGCAGGACACGGUUUGAAGCUAUGAUUAGGACACGGCAGCCUGACAGUGUCAUCACAAGCAUGUUGUCUCGAAAUAAGGAUGAACAUAUAACCCUGCAGGUUGUUCAGGGAUUCUUAGUGGUCUCAUAUAAUCUAGGUGAUGGAGACUAUUCUGUGAGGCUUCCCUCCUACAACAUUGAUAACGGUGAAUGGCAUCGUAUCACACUGGACAGAAAUGGAAAUGAAUUUACUCUUCUCCUUUAUGAAGGAGGUGGGAAGAAAGAAAUUCUGAAAGCAGCAGGAGUAUACAAAGAGAUUGUGAUUGACCCCAGCAGUUUAGUCCUUGGAAACACAUUCAAUCUAAACAAGAGUUUUCAAGGAUGUAUGAAAGAUGUCAGAUUUAAUAACUACAGGAUCCCACUGGAUACUCACACAAAGGAGCUGGUGUCAGUAUUAAGCGCCCAAAGCAUCAAAGAAGGCUGUUCUUCAGAGGCUUGCAGGAAUAACCCUUGUAACCAGGAAUUUAUUUGUAUUGAUUUGUGGAUGAUGCAUGAAUGCAGUUGCCCUCCAGGACACAUGAUCAUGGAGAAUGCCUCUGGUAGACAGUGUGUCUACACUGCAUGUGCUAAAAGGCCCUGUAACUAUGGUACCUGCAUCUCGCAGUCACCAACCACGUUCCAAUGUCACUGCCCUGAUGGCUAUACUGGACGUAACUGUGAAAUCACACUGGCGAUCUUUCACAAGGACACAGGCCUGACCUUUAGUUCCAUGCUUGCCAUCUGCAUUUGUUUUUUGGCACUGUUAGUUCUGUUCAGUGCUAUAUUCUUGUGGGCUCGCUGGAAGAGUCACAAAGGUGUGAAUGGAGGCGUAUACCAUGUAUCGGCCCCUCACGAUGAUUUGCAGGACAUCAGAGAAAGUAACCUCAACUACAGUGAAGAAGGGGGUGGGGAACAAGACCAAGAUGCAUACAACAUGGCAGAACUGCAGGUGUCUAUUCAAACCAGCCCAGCCUAUUUCCUCUACAAGAAGAAAGAAAAAGCAACAAAACUGAACAGCUUCUUUAGUGGUGCGUCCCCAAGCAUGCAGGAGCAGACCAAAUCAUCAGUGCCUACGAAAGUCUCUUUUUCUAGGGCAGACUUUGGUUAGUACUUGUCAGAUGUUAGAAAUGCUGACCACACUCCCUGUGACUCGCUGCAAGUGUUUUACACCGAAGGAAAAGGCUCAGUCGCUAGCAGUCUCAGUGCUCUGAGUUCCUCUGACCUGGAUGAGGGUAUAAUGUGUGAUGACAUUAAAUAGUGGGGACCAAAGUUUGAGAAACUAAGCGAACUGUACUUGCAUACAGAUGCAGAAGACCUGUAG